CCCCCUCAUCCCCCCCCCUGCUUCGUCUUCUUCAUCCUCUUCAGCUGGCUCUGCCUUCUUCUUCCCCCCAUCACCACCACCUCCUCUUCUGGGAUCCCACCCAGCCCGAACGCUGCCAAUCCCUCCGUCUGCCUCUGACCCUCUGGCCCGUUCCCUUGUUUAUUGUCCCUUAUUCAUUCCAAUUGUCGGGGGCCCUAUUCGUGCUGCUCCCACCCUCCUCGCUCGUCCACCACCCCCCUCUCAGCACCCGUUCAUAAUCGCCAUGGCGCAAAUCCGUGGCACUGCGGGCUACAAUCUCGGCCACCAGAACCCCUUUGGGGGUCCUGGCAGCGCAGACGCGACCAGCGACCCGAGUCCCCUGGACGCCAUCCGGGAACAGACCAGCAAGAUCGAGGACUGGCUGGACACAAUGUCGGACCCUAUCAAGCCGUAUAUGCCCGCCAUUGGUCGCUUCCUGAUUGUGGUCACCUUCAUUGAGGACAGUCUGCGGAUGAUCACCCAGUGGAAUGACCAGCUCCUAUACCUCCGUGACUACCGCAAGAUCCCUUGGGGAGUCACGCAUACCUUCCUUCUCGUCAACAUGCUCGCUAUGUCGCUAUGCUCGUUCAUGGUGAUUGCCCGCAGACACACCGAGUACGCCGUUGCCGGUCUUCUGGUCGUCGUCGUCGUCCAGGGCCUCGGAUACGGACUGAUUUUCGAUCUCAACUUCUUCCUUCGCAACCUGAGUGUCGUGGGAGGUCUGCUCAUGGUCCUGUCCGACUCGUGGGUGCGCAAGAAGUUCGUUCCCGCCGGCCUGCCCCAGCUCGAUGAGAAGGACCGCAAGAUGUACGUCCAGUUCGCUGGUCGCGUGCUGCUGAUCUUCCUCUUCGUCGGGUUCGUCUUCUCGGGCCAGUGGAGCCUGUGGCGCAUCCUGGUCAGCCUGUUCGGCUUUGUUGCCUGUGUCAUGGUCAUUGUUGGAUUCAAGGCCAAGUGGAGUGCGAUCAUCCUGGUGGUGUUGCUGAGUGUGUUCAACGUGCUGGUCAACAACUUCUGGACGCUUCACCCCCACCACCCCCACAAGGACUUCGCCAAGUACGACUUCUUCCAGGUCCUGUCCAUUGUCGGAGGACUCCUGCUCCUCAUCAACAUGGGCCCCGGUCAGUUGAGUAUGGACGAGAAGAAGAAGGUCUACUAAACGACCACGCAACGAUUGAGUGCUGGGCAUGUGAUGUGAUUUCCCCGGGCCGUCGUGACCCAGUAUAUGAACCUGCUUUCUCUUUAUCUCCUGCCUUGUUUGGACCCAUCUACGUCCUCAUAACCAUCAAGCUCACCGCACUACACCAUGAUCAUGUCAUUCGGAAAAAAUGUUCAAUACUUUCGUUAUCCCUUGGCUACGUGCGAGAUUUUCCUCUGGCCUGUUUGCCUUCUUAUACAGUGCAUAUUGAGGAAUGAUCAUAUUGAAUAUUUGGAAACAACCAAAAACAAACAAACAAACAAGAAGACAAUGGACACAAAAUACC